GACUAGGCCAGGCAAGGCAAGUCAACGACGUGAAUGAAACGACACAGCAUGCUCUUAUCUUACCCUUGAUGCUGUAUGGAAAGAGGACGAAACACUCCAAAACAUCAGUAACUAGUAUGGCAAGUUGUGGUGACAAUGUCACCGUUUCAAGGAUCCAUUGGUCUAUAAUUGAGUUACAAAUUCAUACUAAAGACAAAAUCACUACAUCGUAUUAUCACUAGUCUACCCUUGAUAUUGGUGAAAGCUGUGAGAAACAAGAAAACCAAGCAAUGAGUUACAUUGGGAAAGAAGAUGAGGUUCAACAACGACCUUACUGGAGAUGGAGCAAAGUUGAUUUCUUGCCUGAAGAAUCAUUCCAAAAUUGGAACACCUACCUAUCUGCACUCUCACAAAUAUAUUCCCGAUUCAAUGACCGCCUUCUAAGCCGCUCGGAUGAUGCAAACGAGAUAACACAACUUCGUAAACAAAGUGAAAAUGACAUGAAACGUUGCCUCACUUGGUGGGAUCUUACCUGGUUUGGAUUUGGGUCGGUUAUUGGAGCAGGCAUCUUCGUGCUCACUGGCCAAGAAGCUCAUCAUCAUGCUGGUCCUGCCAUUGUCUUGUCCUAUGUUGCCUCAGGAGAUUUUGCUGCCUUCAUCACUGCUGGAAAUAUACUUCUUGAAAGCAUUGUUGGAGGUGCAGCUGUUGCCAGAGCAUGGACUUCCUACUUCGCUACUCUCCUAAACCGUCAGCCCGACUCACUUCGUAUCCCUAAGGGGAGUUAUCUCUUGGACCCGAUUGCAGUUGCAGUUUUGGCAAUUGCUGCAACCAUUGCAAUGAUUAGCACAAAGAAAACUUCUCAAUUGAAUUCGAUAGCCACUGCACUGAACACUUUAGUGAUCUUGUUCGUGCUAAUUGCUGGGUUUGCUCAUGCCAACACAUCAAAUUUGACACCCUUUUUACCCCAUGGAGCCAAAGGGAUCUUCCAAGCAGCGGCUAUUGUUUACUUUGCUUAUGGUGGAUUCGAUAACAUUGCUACCAUGGCUGAAGAAACAAAAAACCCUUCAAGAGACAUGCCAUUAGGAUUACUUGGAUCAAUGUUAAUCAUCACUGUCGUAUAUUGCUUGAUGGCAUUGUCCCUAAGCAUGAUGCAGAAAUACACAGAGAUAGACCCAAACGCCGCCUAUUCUAUGGCAUUUCAGAGUGUUGGAAUGAAAUGGGCCAAGUAUCUUGUAGCGCUUGGUGCUCUUAAGGGGAUGACCACUGUCCUUCUGGUAGGAGCCCUCGGGCAGGCACGAUAUACUACUCAUAUUGCACGAGCACACAUGAUCCCACCAUGGUUCGCGCUUGUCCACCCAAAGACUGGAACACCAAUAAACGCGACGCUAUUGAUGACCAUUUCAAGUGGUCUCAUUGCAUUUUUCUCAAGCUUGGAUGUCUUAGCAAGCUUGCUAUCUGUGAGCACUUUAUUCAUAUUCAUGAUGAUGGCUGUAGCACUACUUGUGAGGAGAUACUAUGUGAGGGAAGUCACACCAGAAAUAAACCAGCUGAAGCUUGCAAUAUUCCUGCUGAUUAUCAUUGCUUGCUCAAUGGGAACUUCAGCCUACUGGGGACUAAGGCCUAAUGGAUGGGUGGGAUACGUUGUAACAAUUCCCCUUUGGUUCCUGGGGACUAUGGGGAUAUCAAUAUUUCUACCACAUCAGAGGACGCCAAAAGUUUGGGGGGUCCCACUGGUUCCAUGGCUUCCAUCUUUGUCAGUUGCAAUAAAUAUCUUCCUUAUGGGGUCUUUGGGGUCUCCAGCUUUUAUAAGGUUCGGAAUCUGUACGGCGGCAAUGCUGGUCUACUACAUUCUCGUUGGUGUCCAUGCAACUUAUGAUAUGGCCCAUCAACAACAAAAACUAGAUGCCCUCAAGGUUAAGAAUGAAGAUGAAGAUAAAGAGGGGAAACCUUAGGCCUUGCCUUAUUUUCCUCUUCUUGUUGGUGUUCCUUCCACCAUCUAUAUCUAUCUGGUCUCGUCCUUAAGCAGUAUUCUUCAUAAUCUGUAUAAAAGCCCUGUGUUUUACGGUUCAGACCCAAUAAAAUAUAUUUACUAAUGCGAAUCCCAAAAAGGAUCUACUUGCAUGCAUGAUGCACUUAAUUAAGAGAAGAAUAUUAUGUAAUAGAUAUAUUUAUUAAAAGUUUAUAAUAAAAUUUUUAAUUAAAAAGGAAAA